AUGAAGUGGCCCGAGUUUGCUGAAGAGAAGCGAAAUGUACGUCUGGGACUAGCUACUGAUGGUUUUAACCCUUUCGGAAUGAUGAGCGUGCAUAGUACUUGGCCUGUUAUGCUUACUUGUUAUAACCUUCCGCCAUCUGAAUGCACGUCAAAAGAUUUUACGAUGUUAACACUGCUGAUUCCUGGUCCACUUGGUCCCAAUCAUAACAUAGAUGUUUAUUUGCAGCCUUUGAUCGACGAGUUAAUUGAUUUGUGGACAGUCGGUGCAAUAACGUACGAUGCGCAUACAAAGACUUCCUUGACAAUGAAAGCAAUGUUAUUGUGGUGCAUACAUGACUUUCCUGCAUAUGCUCAUGUUUCUGGUGUGAGGACUUCUGAAACAUUUGGCUGCCAUGUGUGUGGAGAAAAUACAGAGGCGAUCAGGCUAAAAUGGGGUUCUAAACGGAAAACAUCUGAGUUCAACGGAUUUGAGGAGACAAGGGGUGCACCAAUACGUUUGAGUGGCGUCGAAUUAUUCAACAAGACAGCAACCGCGAAUAAAGAAUUUGGGAAGUUGGUCAAGCGGCAGGCCGUACGUGAGUCUCCAUGGUCGAAGAGAUCGAUACUUUUUUGUCUCCCAUAUUGGAAGUUUCUGCAAAUCCGGCACAAUGUGGAUGUCAUGCAUGUAGAAAAGAAUUUUGCAGAGAACUUGUUUGGAACUUUUAUGAGCCAUAAGGACAAGAACAAGGAUGGGCUGCUGGCGCGCAAAGAUUUGAAACUCCUGGACUUGAAGCCUAGCUUGUGGUUAAAGGAAGAUAAUGGAAAAGUGGAGAUGCCUCGUGCACCUCAUUGUAUGUAUAAAGCAGAAAAGAAAGGGUUAAUGCCUGUUUUUAUAAUGCAUUGUUUCAAAGAUCACAAGCCUUUGCGUGAGGAAGUUCGACACUUAUCAUUGUUUUUCAAAGUACUAACUUCCAAGGUUAUUGAUCGUCCUGAGCUUCUUAUAAUGCACGAACAAGAGGCACAUCAAUUGGGGCCUGUUCAGUUUAGGUGGAUGUACCCUUACGAGAGAUACUACAAGGUUCUAGGUCACAACAAAAAUUAUGUAGAAGGAUCUAUUACAAAACAGUACGAGGUCAAUGAAGGAGCGCGCCAUUGCAUGGAGAUACUUCCUGUAGCGAGGCGAAAAUCUAUCAAGUGUCGUGGAAAGAUAUCAAUGCCCAGUGAUGUUUAUGAAGGUCCAUACCCAGCUAAUUCACAAGGAAAACCACAUUUAUUGACCAAAGUAGAAUAUGAACAAGUUCGUUUGUGGAUAUUGAGACAUUCAGAUGAAAAUACUGAAUGGGAAGAGAAGUACAAGAUAUACGUAUGUAAUUUUAACCAAACUCGUACGGGAAGGAUAAAACCUACAAACUACAUUAAAUGGCUACGUAAACCAUUUGAAGGCACUCCCAUGACAAAUUUUCGUAGGCUGGCAAUUGGUCCUACCUUCACUACAGUUUCGUACAACUCAUAUUUUGUUAAUGGAUAUCUUUUUUACACAGCCGAUACAGAAAUUUUUUUAACUACACAAAAUAGUGGAGUCACCAUGGAAGCUUGCACCAGUUUCAGAGCAAGUUCCAGAGAUACUAACUUGGUCGAUGACGAUACUACAUACUAUGACGUUCUACAACGUAUACUUGAACUGGAUUAUGGAGUUUUCUCUGAAAUUGUUUUUUACUGUGAUUGGGUACGAGUCGAAGACAAAAUACAUGGAUCCUAUGUGGAUGCAAAUACUAAGUUGAGGUUUGUCAACUUCAUAAGGUUUAUGAGAAGCUCAAAAGAAGUCGACGAGCCAUUCAUCCAUGCUUCUCAAGCUAGACAAGUUUUUUACUGUAGAGAUGUGACAAGGGAGCAUUGGAAUUUGGUUUUGGAAUCUCCAAUAAGAUCAGACCCAAAUAAGAAUGCUUUGGAAGAUCCAUUUGUCUUCACUGCAAAUGCGAAUGAAGCUCCAUCAAUUUUGACAACUGUUGGAGAUGAUGAGUAUUGGAAUGGAGAAGAUCAGGUGACGGAUAUAUCAUCUUAUGUCAAAGCAAAUAAUAUCUGGAAUUUCAUGUCCCUGCAAUUUUUUAAGAAGUUGACCAAGUUUAUGAUUGAAGUCGCAUGUGAACCAAGGACACAUCACAUUGAUGCUCUGCUUGAUAUCAUUUGUGAAGUAUUGUCAUAG